CACAUUUUCUGCACUCGGUUGGUAAGUUGAACGCCUCACCACCAUGCAGACCCUCGUGCACGAGCCUCUGCAGUUUUAUGAGACGCUGGCCAGAGGGAUGAACUCAGACCAGGAAAGGCCAUAUGUGUGCAACGCCCCUGACUGUUCUCAGCGAUUUCCAACAGAGGACCAUCUGAUGAUUCAUCGACACAAACAUGAGAUGACCCUAAAGUUCCCUGCAAUAAAGAACGACAACAUGUUAUCUGACCAGACGCCCACUCCUACUCGCUUUUUGAAGAACUGCGAAGAGGUGGGGUUGUUUAGUGAGCUGGACUGCUCAAUUGAGCAAGAGUUUUGCAAGGCCCAAGAAGAGGAGGACAGUAAACAGAACAUCUCACUGCACGGCCAAUCAGGUCAGGGUCAGCACCAGCAGCCCCUCUCACGGAUGGUCAGUCAUGAUACCAGCAUAGUGAUCCAGCAGGCCCUGCCCUCUCCUCAGUCCAGCUCCGUUAUCACUCAGGCUCCUUCCACAAAUAGACAGAUAGGGCCUGUCCCUGGAUCUCUGUCCUCACUAUUGCACCUACGAAACAGACAGAGACAGCCUCUACCAGCCUCCAUGCCUGGAACUCUGCCAGACCCAACCAUGCCUGGAUCCUCCGCUGUACUGUUGCCUAUGGAGAGACAAAUGUCCAUGGGCUCAAACAUGAUGGGUAUGCAAAGCCCCGCCCACAGCAGCUCCUGCUCAUCUACUCACAUUCCCACAAUGCACUCAGAAGCUAAACUGAGGCUGAAGGCUGCACUUUCACACCACCCCGGUUCCAUUCCUAACGGCAACAUGAACUCCAUGGGUCACAUGAUGGACAUGAUGUCUUCACGGCAGGAGCAAGGCGGCCAUCAUCACAUGCACCCGCACCAGCACCUGCAGGCUCCUCCCCACACGUACCAGCACCAUGAACACCACCAUCACAACCAAGGCCACGGCCAGGCAGCGCACCACCACCACCCGCAGGGACACAAUCUUCAUCACAAUUCCCACAAUCCCCACCUCCUACCUGGACACCCCCACCAGACGUCACCGCACGCUCCUAUGCACUCUGCUUCUCAGAUGUCACCUGCGACCCAGCAGAUGCAGCCCACGCAGACGCUGCAGUCUCCACCACCCAGUGGGGGGCGACGCAGGCGCGUAGUGGACGAGGACCCGGACGAACGGCGGCGCAAGUUUCUAGAGCGAAACAGAGCGGCUGCGACGAGAUGCAGACAGAAGAGGAAAGUCUGGGUGAUGUCCUUAGAAAAGAAAGCAGAGGAGCUCACUCAGACCAACAUGCAGCUUCAGAAUGAAGUGACCAUGCUAAAGAAUGAGGUGACCCAACUCAAGCAGCUCCUGCUCACUCACAAGGACUGCCCCAUCACCACUAUGCAGAAAGAGUCCCAAGGUUACCUCAGUCCGGAGAGCAGUCCAGCGGGGAGCCCCACCCCAGCAUGUUCCCAGCAGCAGGUCAUUCAGCACAACACCAUCACCACCUCCACCACCACCGUAGGGGGCAGCAGUGUGCACGGGCAGGCCAACCGCCGCACAGACAUUAACCCCAUUCACUAGGGACUACGAUAACUUGAUCUGCAGCCACGAACCUCC